AGUUUAUAUUCUGCUGCGUUUUUACCUAGACGUGACGGCUCACAUAACGCAAACGGCUCUUGUCAUCAACUCAACCAGCUCUGCCAGCGACUACCAAAAUGCCAAGAACGCGCAGAACAACUGCAGCGAAUGAAACAAAUUCAUCAUCGAGAUCGACAUCUCGUCGGGCUCACUCUCCUGCGACAAGUCCAGAACCCAAGCGACGAAAAAAUGAUCAAGAACUUGGGCAAGACUUGCCUGACUCGAGAAGCCACGCCAAGGCCAAAAUGGGUGAGGGUCUGGAAGGAAGGACAAAGCUGACAAGUGACGAGAACUUCAAAGCUUCCAACAAAGCUUUAAGGAUCAAUAAGAAGAAGCCACCAGCAUCCCAGUUGAAGCCAGAGGGAGUGGAUUUCCACAUAGAAAACAACAGGCUUGCCCACAAAACAGAUAGCUAUGAGGCAGAACAGCUGAUCAUCAGAAGGGGACAGAAAUUUGACGUCACUGUGACGUUUAACAGAGAAUACAAACCUGACAUUGACGUCAUUCAACUGCAGUUUGUGAUUGGUAGUCGUCCCCAAGAAAGCAAGGGCUCCAUUGUCCGAGUCGCCAUACAGGAGAUCCUCACCCCUGCCAAGUGGGGAAUGAAAGUAAAGCAAAUCAGCGGAAAAACUCUUCAACUUACUGUAAUGCCUUCAGCUGAGGCUCUGAUUGGUCAGUAUGAAGUAUUCGUGGAGACAAAAAUGACCGAUGACGAGAAACCAGUGUUUAAAUACAAGGAUGACGACACAAUCUGCGUCUUGUUUAACGCCUGGUGCAAAGAGGACUCCGUAUAUAUGGAAAGUGAAGCUGAUCGUGAAGAAUAUGUCCUAAAUGACUUUGGAUACAUCUGGGUGGGUUCUGCAAAAUGGAAUCGGGGAAUUCCUUGGACGUUCGGCCAGUUUGAAGACGUCUCGCUAGAAUGUGCAUUAUGGUUGCUGGACAAAGCAGGACUUUCCGCCACUGUGAGAUCCAGUCCAGUCCAUAUUUCACGAAUUAUUUCCGCAAUGGCAAACUAAAAUGACAGAGAUGGUGGAAUUUUAUUUGGACGCUGGACUGAGACUUAUCCCAAGAACUGCACUCCGCCAACCGCUUGGACAGGAAGUACAGCCAUUCUGGAAAAAUUUAUGAAAAAGAAGUUUUAUGUGAGAUAUGGCCAAUGUUGGGUGUUCUCAGGAUUGGUCACUACACUGCUGCGAGCGUUGGGAUUACCCACCCGUAGUGUAACAAACUUUGAAUCCGCACAUGACACUGACAGUAGUAUGACUAUUGACUUUCAUUUUGAUGAGGAAGGCAAUCCAUUGGAUGACCUCAAUGAUUCCAUCUGGAAUUUCCAUGUGUGGAACGAGUCAUGGUUCAAGCGUCCUGAUUUACCAGAUGGACAUGAUGGAUGGCAAGCGCAAGAUGCCACACCCCAAGAGACAAGUGAAGGUGUUUUCCGUUGCGGUCCUGCCUCUGUAAACGCAGUAAAGAACGGCUAGGUGUAUCUCCCUUAUGACACAAGCUUCGUUUUUUCUGAGGUGAAUGGCGACCGCGUGUACUGGGAUGUAGAUGAUGACGACGGCUCGAUGAAGGCUCGUUAUGUGGAUACUCACAGCAUUGGCAAGUUCAUCAGUACGAAAGAACCUGGUGAGGGCCCUCGCAGGUUGGACGUCACUUCACACUACAAACACCCUGAGGGUUCUCAACAAGAGAGAAAAGCUGUCGAGUUUGCCUAUAAAUUUAGCACCAGAAGAGAGUACGACAUUUACAAAGCUGACAAAGAGGACGUGGAAUUCAGCCUUGACGUUCUGGAUGACAUUGCUAUCGGUAACAGCUUCGACGUCAAAGUUGUGGCGCGUAACAAAUCAGACGAGCAGCGAAAUGCCAAAGUUAACAUCACUUCUGUCAUGGCGUUCUACACCGGAAUUCCAGCAAAACCAUUGAAAAGAGAAAUGAAAACAAUUAAAAUUGGCCCAGGAGAAGAGAAUGCGGUGAUCUUGAAGAUUGCAAGUGGAGAUUACAUGGGUAAGAUUGUGGCAGAUGGCAGCAUCAAGCUGUAUAUUAAGGGUACGGUUCAGGAAACAGGCCAGUCCUAUGCCACCCAGGAUGUAGUGGAGUUCAGGAAACCCAAGCUGACAGUCACGGCAUCUCCUAAGUCUGUGAAGAGGCGGGAAAAGGUGGAAGUGACAGCGUCAUUCAAAAAUCUUUUGCCAGUCACUCUGAAUGAUGGACACUUUCGAUUGGAAGGAGCUGGAUUGUCACCGAGGUCGACGGUCAUUAACAUAGAUUCCGUGGCUCCUAAGAAGGAAGCUAAAGUAAGCGCCACCUUUACCGUUACCCGAAGCCGCAAGCGAACCGUUGUUGUCAGUUUCCAGUCGGACCUUUUGGCUGGAGUACGAGGGGAAUGUGUUAUCAAUGUGACUUAACUUAAAUUAUAUUCAAGUUUGCCAGAGUUUCUUGGGUCAAAUGGACAAGUGUCAUUGUUAUACGCAUACGUUCUUGUUUCCAUUCAACCAUUAGGAACAAAUUUGACUCAAAUCCUUCUAUGGUGCAGCGUUUUUUUAUUCAGAAAAAUGUAAUUUGACCCGAACGAGUGAUGUGUUGAAAUAAAAAUACCAAAGACCUGGUUUAUCCAAAUACA